UCUGGGAUUCUGAGAUACAUGCCAGCACUGUCUACUCCUUUCUGCCUCAUUCUUCCCUCCUACCCCACUUUAAGCCAUUUUUCCUCUCUGGCACACUGAACCUGUCCCUUCCUUUGAUUUCUGUCACUACCUGCUUCAGCACCUAUAUAGUUUUCUCUACUUAAGCCAUUCCUUUCAUUUUAAAGAGGAAAAUGUGGGCACUGUGUCUUGGAGCAUUGGUUAUCAUUGGCAUUACACACUGGGUUUAUAGAUGGAGAAAUCCAAGUUGCAAAGGAAAACUACCACCAGGUUCAAUGGGUUUGCCACUUCUGGGUGAGAGCCUUCAGUUCUUCUCCCCCAACACUUCUUCUGAUAUUCCUCCUUUCGUCAAGCAGAGAAUGAAAAGGUAUGGACCAAUCUUCAAGACCAAUUUGGUUGGAAGACCAGUUGUAGUGUCCACAGACCCGGAUCUUAAUCACUUCAUCUUUCAACAGGAGGGACAAACGUUCCAGAGCUGGUACCCAGAUACAUUCACAGAGAUCUUUGGGAAACAAAACGUGGGAUCCUUACAUGGGUUUAUGUACAAGUACCUUAAGAACUUGGUGCUCAAUCUGUUUGGUCCUGAAAGCCUUAAAAAGAUGCUCUCAGAGGUUGAACAGUCAACGAGCAGAACAUUACAGGAGUGGUCGUGUCAGGACAGUGUUGAGUUAAAGGAAGCAACAGCAGAGAUGAUAUUUGACUUGACUGCAAAGAAACUUAUCAGUUAUGAUUCAACCAAGUCAUCAGAAAAUUUAAGGGACAGCUUCGUUGCAUUUAUACAAGGACUAAUCUCGUUUCCUCUGGACGUUCCAGGAACAGCUUAUCACAAAUGUCUCCAGGGUAGGAAAAGGGCAAUGGCGAUGCUGAAGAACAUGUUACAGGAAAGACGGGAAAUGCCUAGGAAAGAGCAGAAGGAUUUCUUUGACUAUGUGAUUGAAGAGCUUAAGAAAGAAGGAACAGUCCUCACUGAAGCGAUCGCUCUGGACCUCAUGUUUGUGCUGCUUUUUGCAAGCUUUGAAACCACUUCUCUGGCGCUGACUUAUGCCAUGAAAUUACUCUCUGACCAUCCCUUGGUGCUCAAGCAACUACAAGAAGAACAUGAAGCCAUUCUCAAAAGACGUGAAGACCCUAAUUCCGGAGUCACGUGGCAAGAAUACAAAUCAAUGACAUUAACAUUUCAGGUCAUAGCUGAAACCGUGAGACUCGCAAAUAUAGUUCCAGGAAUCUUCCGGAAGGCACUAAGAGACAUUAAUUUUAAGGGUUAUACCAUACCAGCAGGUUGGGCAGUGAUGGUGUGUCCCCCAGCUGUACACUUGAAUCCGGCGAAAUAUCAGGAUCCUCUUGCCUUCAACCCAUGGAGGUGGGAGGGAGGGGAAGUAAACGGUGCCAGCAAACAUUUCAUGGCUUUUGGAGGAGGCAUGAGAUUUUGUGUUGGAACAGACUUCACCAAGGUUCAGAUGGCUGUUUUUCUUCAUUGCUUGGUAACAAAGCACAGGUGGCAACCCAUCAAAGGAGGGAAUAUUGUUCGAACUCCUGGCUUACAAUUUCCAAACGGCUUCCACGUUCAGAUCACAGAAAAAGAUCAAAUGAAGCAGGAACCAGAAUACACCAUUACAAAUUAGAAACCAAAACUCAGCAAGAAAGAGUCGUGGUAGAAAUAUAGACUACACAUCUUCUCAGUCAUUGGCAUUUUCAAGACGCACAAUGCAACAUACAUAUUAUGGAAGCCAGAGAAGUAACCAUAACAGUCUCAAUUUUUUUUUUGAAGUCACUCAAAUAUUGUGCUUUUACCAGAGAAGUAACCAUAAUGCCUUAACCUUACAAAAUGACAGUGAGGGGGAGGAGAAAUGAAGGUUUUUUUUACUUUGUAACAAGAGAUGUAAAUGUGUCAGAUUAUAUCUUUACUAUAAAAGUACCU